GACGUCUUCUACGUACUUCUUCAACAAUCCCAAACUGACAUUGAAACUAUACACGUGAUCAAGUGAUGUAUGUCUUGUUACUGUUAGUACAACAUUUUCAUUCUCUGUUUUAGGGUUUUUUGAGUUUUACAUUAUGCUUUCACAGUCAAGCUUUUGCGGUGGAUCUUCAUCAGACAUCAUGGACACACAGUUUGCAAUCAAGAAAGAUGCCACUCAAUUAAUAGGGAAUACUCCAUUGGUAUAUCUUAACAACAUUACUGAAGGCUGUGUUGCUCGAAUUGCUGCUAAACUUGAAUAUUUGCAACUUUGCUGCAGUGUUAAAGAUAGAAUAUCACUGAGCAUGAUUGAAGAUGCUGAGAAAAAAGGCCUCAUUACACCUGGAAAGACUGUCCUUAUUGAGGCUACAAGUGGUAACACUGGCAUAGGAUUGGCGUCGAUAGCAGCAUUGAAAGGCUAUAAACUUAUAGUGACGAUGCCAUCUCAUGCGAGUCUUGAGAGAAGAAUUAUACUGCGAGCUUUCGGAGCUGAGGUGUAUUUGACAGAUCCUGCCAAAGGAACUUAUGCGGUUUUUGAGAAAGCGGAUGAGCUAUUAGCGAAGACGCCUAAUAGUUAUAUGCUCAGUCAAUUUGAAAACCCUGCCAAUCCCAAGAUUCAUUAUGAGACGACUGGACCUGAGAUUUGGAGAGACUCUGGAGGGAAAAUUGAUGCUUUGGUUGCAGGGAUAGGAACUGGCGGAACAGUGACUGGUGCUGGGAAGUUCCUCAAGGAGAAAAACUCAGAAAUCAAGGUGUAUGGUGUAGAACCGGCUGAAAGUGCGGUUCUGAAUGGAGGAAAGACAGGCAAACAUCUAAUGCAAGGGAUCGGUGCUGGUUUCGUUCCUUCUAUCCUGGAAGUUGAUCUCCUUGAUGAAGUUAUUCAGGUUUCAAGUGAAGAAGCUAUAGAAACGGCUAAAUUGCUUGCUUUGAAAGAAGGUUUACUGAUGGGAAUUUCAUCAGGUGCUGCUGCAGCAGCUGCAUUAAAAUUAGGAAAGAGACCAGAAAAUGCAGGAAAGCUCAUCGUUGUGGUUUUUCCUAGUUUUGGAGAACGUUACUUGUCUUCAGCACUUUUUGAAUCCAUCAGGCAAGAAGCCGAACAAAUGACAUUUGAUUGAAGUCAUAUUCCUAUUCAAGCUCUUCUGCCAUAAGCUGGGUUCUAUAAUAAGUUGAACUAUGUUUUGAUAAACACUUUUGUUAAAUAAUAGCAUUUGGAUAGGCAAUUCAAUUACUGUCUACACAGACAUGACUUAUGAUUUAUGAAUAUUUAGUGGAGAUUAAUCUAUGUUAGAGAACUUGUUAGAACAUAAAAGAUGGA